CCAAUCCGGGGCGCGCUGAGUAAAUUCCCGCCGAACUAUAAACCGCGCGCUCAGCCCAGCGCGGGAGAUUCCUCACACACCUCAAGUGAGAGAGUUAGACCGAGAGACUGUUUACCGCUCCCGGAACCGAGCUGCACCGGGGCACGCCGAAAGCCAUAAACCUACUUCCGUUACCGAUCGCAUCCAGCCAUCAUGUGGAUCCAGGUGCGCACCAUGGACGGCCGGCAGACCGAGCGGCUGGACGACCUCUCCAAGUUGACCAAGGUGGAGGAGCUGCGGCUGCGGAUCCAGGAGGUGUUCGGGGUGGAGAUGGAGCGGCAGCGGCUCUUCUACCGAGGGAAGCAGAUGGAGGACGGCCACACACUCUUCGAUUACAGUGUGAACCUCAAUGACAUCGUGCAGCUGAUGGUGAGGCAGGUCCCGGUGUGUGUCCCUAAAGAGGAGGAGGAGGUGAAGGAGGCUGAUGAGGAGGUGAAGGAGGAGGAGGAGAAGAAGGCUGAUGAGAAGUUGAAAGAGAUAGACCCGGAGGAAGACCCUCUGCCCUCCCUGGACCUGGAGUUGGCCCCGUACAAGGCGGAGCAGCUGGUGGACGCCCGGGACCUGAGUAUGGGCGCCUGGUUCGAGGCCGUGGUGGUGAAAGUGACCCGCAAACCCGACUCCGAGGACUUCCUCUACCACAUCCGAUACGAGGACUACCCCGAGAACGGGGUGGUGGAGAUGGCGGAGAAGGAUGUGCGCCCCCGGGCCAGGACCAAGCUCCCCUGGGAGGACCUGGCGGUGGGGCAGUUGGUCAUGGUCAACUACAACCCGGACGAGCCGAAAGAGAAGGGCUACUGGUACGACGCCGAGAUCCAGAGGAAGCGGGAGACCCGCACCGUCAAGGAGGUCUACGCCAAAGUCCAGCUGGGGGCGUUCGGUGACGCGCUGGACGACUGCCGCAUCCGCUUCGUCAACGAGAUCUUUAAAAUCGAGGAGCCCGGCAGCGAGGACCUGGCGGAGAGCCCCCCCAAGCGCCAGAACGGGCCAGAGUGCAAGCACUGCCGGGACAACCCCAGGUCCAAGUGCCGCAUGUGCGCCUGCCACAUCUGCGGGGGCAAACAAGACCCGGGCAAGCAGCUGCUGUGUGACGAAUGCGACAUGGCCUUCCACAUGUACUGCCUCGAUCCCCCGCUGUCCGCCCUGCCCGACGAGGACUGGUACUGCCCCGAGUGCCGGAUCGACACCAGCGAGGUGGUGCUGGCUGGCGAAAAGCCCAAGGAGAGCAAAAAGAAGUCUAAAAUGGCGUCUGCUUCUAGUUCCUGCAACAGAGACUGGGGAAAGGGCAUGGCGUGUGUCGGGCGCUCUAAAGAAUGCACUAUUGUCCCGUCCAAUCAUUACGGCCCAAUACCGGGAGUGCCUGUUGGCACCAUGUGGAAGUUCAGAGUUCAGGUCAGCGAGGCCGGCGUGCACAGGCCACACGUCGCCGGCAUCCACGGCCGCAGCAACGACGGCUCCUUUUCUCUGGUGUUGGCGGGAGGUUACGAGGAUGAUGUUGACAAUGGGACUGAGUUCACCUACACCGGCAGCGGAGGCCGCGACCUCUCCGGUAACAAGCGCACCGCUGAGCAGUCAUGUGACCAGAAGCUUACAAACAUGAACCGAGCUCUUGCUUUGAACUGCAACGCCCCCAUUAAUGACAAGCAGGGGUCCGUGGCCAAGGACUGGCGACGCGGAAAGCCCGUCCGCGUUGUGCGCAACUCCAAAGGAAGGAAGCACAGCAAAUACGCCCCCGAGGACGGCAACCGAUACGAUGGGAUUUACAAAGUGGUGAAGUACUGGCCUGAGAAGGGGAAGUCUGGGUUCCUCGUGUGGCGUUACCUGCUCAGGAGAGACGACGAGGAACCCGCCCCCUGGAGCAAGGAGGGAAAAGACCGUAUUAAAAAGCUCGGCCUUACUCUGCAGUUCCCCCCGGGUUACUUGGAAUCUGUCGCCAAUAAAGAGAGGGAAAAGGAGAAUGACGCCGGAGCCAGCGAGUUCGAAACUCCCAAGGGCAAGAGGAAAAGGCAGUCUGAGAAUGCUAAAGCUCUGGCGCCAUCUGCUGGCAAGCCAAAGAAAAGCAAAGUAGAAUUGUACAAACUGACCGCUGAGCAAAAAUCUCUGAUUCAGAAGGAUGAUCUCAACGGCAAGUUGUGGAAUGAAGUCAUGAGCUUCCUGAAGGAAGGACCGAAAUUCAUUAACAAAGUGGAAGAGUCUUUCCAGUGCAUCUGCUGCCAAGAAGUUGUGUAUGAGCCGGUCACCACCGAGUGCCUGCACAACAUCUGCAAGACCUGCCUUGACCGUUCCUUUAAAGCCUCUGUGCAUACUUGCCCUGCUUGCAGGUAUGACCUGGGCAAGAACUACAACAUGAGUGUCAACAAGACACUGCAAGCCGUUCUCAGCCAGCUCUUCCCUGGCUAUGAGAGUGGGAGAUAAGAUUUUUAUAUCUUUUUUACCUUUUGACUUGUGUAUCCAGACAUUUUGUCUUGAGUUCAUUCUGUACUAUAUUUUCGUUCUGGAUAUUUUUCUAUUCACCACCUUAUUACAGUGGAGCUCCAGCCCAAACUCAAGUGAUGGGUUACAACCUCUGUCAGGCUUCUUUUUUUUUCCUGUCUCUGCUUACUGCUCAAUUCCAUGUUUUUGGUAAAAGUGGUCACCCGGACUGAACGAGGGUAAAUUUUGCCCAUCCAGGACAGAUGUUAAAACCUGACGGCUUAAUUUUUAUUCUUUGGUUUAAGGCCGUUUCAUACGGUUUGGCCGCAGCACAGUUGUAUGUGCGGCAAACUUGUGGUUUCCUGUAAACCAGGGGUGUCAAACUGGCGGCCCUCCAGCUGUUCCGAAACUACAAGUCCCAUCAUGCCUCUGCCUGU